UCUUGCGCACAGCUUUCCCUUGCGCUCCUGAUUUUGGGAGCCCAGGCAAUGAUGGGACCAGGUCUGCUGGAAGUUGUUUGGACAGACUGGCUUCUUCAUUGAGCAAAACGUGAAUAUUUCCCGGAGUCGUUCUGCUGUGAUUUGUGAAUGUUGGCAGUGGGAUGGGCUCCAAAAGCUUUCUGUGCCUGCUGCUCUGUGUGGCUGCCCUGGCACGUUCUGCUGUCCGCAGUGAGGAUAAUGACAAUGAAGUGUACAGCUGGUCCCGACGGAGCCUCCCGGUGCUACUGGACAGACACACAGAGCUUUUAAACACCCCUCUGUUCAAGGGGCUGGAGGAGGAUGAGGAGCGAGGACGAGCAGAGACAUUGUGUGGGAUUGAGUGUCAGAGUGCGCUACCACCUAUGAGCCAACCUGAACAAGAGAGGAUUCUGGGAUAUGAGACGAUGUACGCAAACGGCACACGUACACAGACGGAGAUCACAUUGCAGGGCUUUAACAACACAGCUGCACGUACACCUGCCCGUACAUCAGCACACAUCCGCAAGAAACGUCAAGUUUACGGCGCAGAUGGGCGCUUUGUGAUCUCUGACUCGCAGUUCAUCACCAACUACCCGUUCUCCAGUGCGGUUCGCCUCUCGACAGGGUGCUCCGGAGUCUUAGUAUCCCCAAAACAUGUGCUAACAGCAGCCCACUGCGUCCACGAUGGGAGGGAUUACCUAGGAGGAGUCAGAAAGCUCAAAGUUGGGUUGCUGCAGCUCAAGACUAAAAGGGGAAGAGGAGGAAGGAGGAGAGGAGGACGGCGGAGAGGUGGGAGGAGAGGAGAGGGGGAGACAGGUGAGGAGAAAACACGGGAGCAGGUAGUAGAGGAGGGUGAGGAGCAGAAUAGAAUAGAUGGAGAUGUGGCAGGAGAAAGAAAGGGAGGGAAAGGUAGAAGGCAGAGAGGAAGGAAAGGAGGCGAGGAGGGAACAGCUGAUCAGGGAAACAUAGAUGAAACAGAGAGGGGAGGAACACAAAGUCUCAACCGCAUACGACGCAGCGCUGAAGCCAAAAAGCAGCCUGUUUUCCGUUGGUCGCGGGUUAAACAAAUGCACAUCCCUAAAGGCUGGAUCCACACCGACAGCUCAGCCAACUCUGUGUCCCCUGACUAUGAUUACGCCCUUCUGGUGCUCAAGCGGCCCGUCAAACAGAAGCACAUGGAGCUUGGAGUCGCACCUUCUCCAAAGUCUCUGGCAAGGAUUCACUUCUCAAGCUACGAUGCUGACAAAAGCCUGCUGGACGGGAGCGGAGACGAAAAAGUGGUUUACCGUUUUUGCUCGGUGACAGAGGAGUCGAACGACCUCAUGUACCAGCACUGUGACGCCCAGCGCGGCGCCACUGGUGCAGGCGUCUACAUCCGUCUCAGACAGGAACUAGGGGGCAGGAAAGGGAAGUGGCAGAGGAGGGUGAUUGGCGUAUUCUCAGGGCAUCAGUGGGUGGAGUUGGAGGAAGGCAAGGAGGUGGACUUUAAUGUUGCAGUGAGGAUCACACCACCCAAAUAUGCUCAAAUCUGCCACUGGAUCCAUGGAGAUCCCAGCCUCUGUAGAGAGGUUUGAGACUGGGAAGCAGUGGAUCUACAGGAGCUCUGCGAAAGAUCCGGGCUUCGAUUCAAAAUGUAUCAUAGAUCAGAAGUGCUGAUCUGAAACCAGCUUACCUCUUCAAUUAUAGAAAGACCUGUGAUUCAAGAUUGAUACACUAAUGUUACGGUUUAUGAAUCUUGGGCCUAUCUCAGCUCAUGCAAUAAUCCUUAUAGUAAGUCAAAGAAGACACAAGUUGUA